CUGACUAUAGCUUUGCCUCUUAUUUAAAAAAAAAUAAUAUAACUCCGGAACAAUAUGCUCAUUAUAAAAACAAAUCUCCCCAAGAACAAUUAGAUUAUUUUUAUGGUAAUAAAUCCUCAUUAUACUUAAUUAAUUUAAAAAAUUUAAACUUCAAUCAACCAAGUGAAUUAAUCUUGGAUAAUUAUCCUAAUUUAAAGGGAAUAGAUGGAGACUAUGUUUCCAAUCUCACCCAACUGACUAUCACUGAUUGUCCUCAGUUAGGAAUAAUAAGUAUUAAUAAAACUAAAAACCUUCAACAAUUAAUUCUCCAUAAUUUACCUAAAUUAAGGGGACUUUAUUGUGAACACAAUAAGCUAACCACCUUAGAUUUAAGUGAUUUUGUUAAUUUAGAAGAAAUUAUUUGUCGAGAUAAUCAACUCACCCAAGUUAAAUUGCCCCAAGGAGAAAAGUUAGAAACAUUAAAUUUAAUCAAUAAUAACCUCAACCAAGACUUAUCUUUUUUAAAGGAUUUGGUGAAUUUGAAAAAAUUGUAUUUAAAUAACAAUCCCUUAUAUGGUAGUUUAGAGUAUUUAAAAGAAGUGAGUAAGUUGGAAAGACUUGAUAUUAGUGAUACUGAUCUGGAUAGUGGUUUAGAAUAUUUGCCGGAUAGUUUGGAAGAUUUUAAGUCCAACUUACCUAAACUCAACCAACAAAAACUCCAAGACCAACUUAAACUCCUCCAAGAACAAAAAGAAAAACUAAUCCAAAGAAUAUCUGACUUAGAAACCUUAACCACCGAAAAUGAAAGGUUAAUCAAAGAACAAAAAAACAAAAUAGCUAACAAUCACUACCAUUUUUUCACCGAAGAAGAAAAAAUAGCCUUAAAAGAAUUAAUUAAAGUCCAUCGAGCUUACGAAGAAGCUAAGAAGUUUAAAGAAGAGACUGAUGAACUUUAUGACAAGCUUCAUUCUCUUCGAAAAAAUCUAAAAGAUAAACUAGGCAAAGAAUUUAUCGAAGCCGUCCAAACAGAGCAAAAACAAAUCCCUGACAGUCUAAAAGCCAUUGAAAAAAACAUAGCCGACAUUAACAAAAACAUCAAAGCCCUCGAAGCUAAUCCUAAGCAAACAGUGAAUAAUUAUAUUACUACUGGGGAUAUCGAAGUAAUAGGAGGUCAUGUUAUGAUUGGCAACACUAUUGGUGAUAAUACUAAUUUAAGCCACAACAAAUAUGCUAUUAGGAUUGAAGAAAUAACCGAAGAAACUGAAAUAUUGGAAGCCAAAAUCCAACAAGCCGAAACUUACGGCAUUCCUGGCUCCUCUAAAAACAAUUAA